AUAGCUCAUACAGAGCACAACUAUAAACAAGCGGAGCACCUUCUCCGGUUAGCUAACGCUAGGCUAACCAACUUUCUUUCUCAGUAAAUCUGUCCAUCUGGGUCAGCCAGUCCAUUUGAAGAGCUCCCCUUUAAUCAAAAUAAUGACAAUGACCUGACCAAUGGAUCUCUGCAGCGUCUGCUCAAUUACAGGGUCACUUGUGAAGGUAGAUCAUGAAUGACAAACUAGUCUUCCUGGGCCUGCUGUACUUUGUCCAGGGCAUCCCCUAUGGUCUCCAGUCUUCCCUGCUUCCUGUCUACCUGCGUGGAGCUGGCCAUUCCCUAACCCGCAUAGGUUUCACUAAGAUCCUCUACUUCCCAUGGGUCCUCAAGGUGCUCUGGGCCCCUUUAGUGGACCGGCUUGGCACCAAGCGUCGCUGGCUGGUUGGGACGGUGUCUGGGCUGGCUCUGACAUGCCUCUCCAGUGCUGCCCUGGCUCCAGAAGCACAUAUCUGGGGAGUAGCAGGAACCCUGUUGGCCAUGAACACCCUGGCCUCUGUCCAGGAUAUUGCUGUAGAUGGGGCUGCGGUGGGGUUGUUGAAAGGUCGCGGGGAGCUAGGGUUGGGCAACACAGCCCAAGUCGUUGGCUAUAAAGCUGGAUCGGUGUUUGCCGGAGGUGGGCUGCUUGCAGUGAUUGACGUGGCUGGAUGGAGCUGGAUGUUUAUGCUGCUGACGUUUGUGUACGCAGGCGUGGCUCUGUUUGUGUGGGGGGCCCCAGUGCUGGAUGAUGAGACUUUGAGGGGCCAACAGGCAGAUGGCAGCAAGAGGGCAGGGCAGGGAGGAGAAGUUAUGAGGCCAUGGAGAGUGUGGAGGAAGAUGCUGGCAGUGCCCGGCACCCCCUGGACUGUCCUAUAUGUGCUCACAUACAAACUAGGUGAGCAGGGUGCAGUGACCAUGUUUCCUCUUUUCUUGUUGGAUCAUCACAUGACCGCCAGGGAGCUCGGUUUCUGGAACGGCGUCAUUGCCAUGGGCUUCUCCAUCUGCGGGUCGUCCCUGGGAGGCCUGCUGCUCGCUCAGUUCAGCAUCGGGGCUCUGAUGCGACGUGUGUUUGUGCUGCGAACCAUCAGCAUGGUCUUCCAGAGCUCGCUACUCACUGUGCUGGAGCCAUCACCACUGAUGAAAGGUAUGGCCAUCCUCAGCAUGAGUGUUCAACACUUCCUAGGUGGUCUCAUCACCACGCUCACUUUCACUACCAUGAUGCAUUGCACUCAAAGGGCCGAGGAAAGCAUUCAGGCGACCCACUACAGUUUCCUGGCGACUCUGGAGGUGCUGGGGAAGCUGACGUUCAGCGCUCUGGCCGGAGGCGUGGUGGAUUGGUUUGGUUUCCAAGUUGCCUUCCUCUUCUUCCUCACCCUCUCCGCCGGGACGGCCCUGCAUGUGUGGACGGCUACCUUAACUGGUGCUCUCAGGGAACACCAGCUCAAAGAACAGCCCAAGUGAGAUCAGGAUCGGGGUGAAAGGUCCUGAUACGGGGCGUCUGCAGGUGCUGAAAAUGUGUUAAAAUUGAUGACCAGUAUUCAGACUCCUCAAAAGUCCUUGAAUCCCGAUAAAUAUAACACUCAUGACUUAAGCAAAUCAUUUUAGUCUAGAAGAUCUUGAAUGAGUUGAUGUUCUUGUUCUGCCAUUUUUAAGGAGAAAUCAGCCAUGCAGUUAAGUACUCUAUUGCAGAGUGUGCUUUUGUUUUACUUUUUUUUUUUUUUUUUCAAAUUGCACAAUUGUCAUUUCACUGGCAAAACUGGCCUUAUAUUUAUUUUAUUUUGCAUUUGAAAUGUCUGGAAAAGUCUUAAUAUUUACAGUAGUGCAAGGAAACUUGCAGAUAGUAUGUAGGUAAAGAUGAGCACAUUACGUUUUGGGGCAUGAUGGGAUUGGUGCACCCAAUCAGUGUGAUGCAUUAGCAGAGAUGUACAGUCUUACUGUAUUGAGAGUUGAAAGAUAAAGCUGUUUUUAUCAUCUGAGCCAUUCUAAUGUUUUGACAAGCCAGCAAUAAGAGCUGUAGCCAAAAGCAAUAUCGCUACUCUGUGAUGCUUGUUCUAUCAUAUUGUACUGUAUAUGAAUAUGUUAGUCAUUCUCCUGAGUUGUAUGGUUUACAGUUCUAAAUGAAUCUCUACUACCUCGUAUCAGCGCUGUAUGGUACGAUACACAGGAGGCGAAUGUACAGUAGCUGCACCAAGUAGAGCAUACUCUCAUUCACAAUGAAUAGUUACAACACGUACACGAUGUUAUCUAAGCCACAACAGUUAGCCAAAGUAGGUUUACAGUUAGUGCAGCUGGUUCAUUUUAGAGAGGAAAUAAAAAUGCAGUUCAGCUGUUGAAUGAGAAGCAUUUAUUCUGCUUAAUUAACUGCAGAUUAUUACAGUGAAAUCCCGAACAGGUCGACCUUGAUGGCUUACUUCUUGUAGGGAACGUCAGCCUUACACACUGCAUGGUGCCAUCUUGUCUUAGUUUCUCAGUCAAAGAAUCAGACGUACUCUAAAAAUAACUCUUAAUAAAACUGAAAAGACCAAUACCAUUGGCAAACUGCAGUCACUUUUAUGUUUCAUGUUUAGAAAAUGUCAAUAUGUACUUUAAAAUAUACUAUAACUCUCCAUGGUACUGUAUGCUAUAUAGAAUAAUUCUCCAGGCUUAAAAUAUGAAUGAAAGCAGCUCAGAAUGUUUUCUUUUCACCAGGCUCUGGACUGUAGGUGAACGUAUUCAUAGAAGUUAAGUCUUAGACCUCUUCCUAACAUACAGCGAGCGAGUGAGCGAACUCUGGCAGAUGGAGCCUGCAAAAGUUUUCUACAUACUGGGAGUGAUGUUGCAGCACGAGGAGGGGAUGAAAUAUUUAAUAUUUGCGACUUAAUUUCUUCUUUUUGCAAAUGAGUAAGCAUCAGAGUUAUUUAUUCAUAACUAAUGUCAUUUCCUGUUGUGGAUCAUAUAUGAUGUGCUGCUUCUUAACCUUGUAAGAGUCUCUUCAAGCCUUUUCUCACCAGCACGAUCCGGAAAUGUGGUGCUGGGAUACGGAAAAUCCACAUGCAAAUUUUCAGUAUUACAGCCAUGCACACGGGGUCCGGUUCAGAUUAUUCACGUUGCUGUGUUCCAUUUCUCCUACAUAGUGCCAGUGUCCACUCCACACAACUAAAACCUGUCAUUGUCAAUUAAAUAUUCCAGCAGGCAAAAAUAUGCCAAAAUUGAGGUUUGUCCAAGAAAUUUUUUCCCUGCACAAUUGUUCGGAAGGGGUGCAGGAGAAUUCAUAAGAACCCACAAAAUCAGAUCAAAUUUUUAUGAAUAUCCAUGCCAAUUUAUCAGACGAAAAUCUGUGCUUGGUGUGGAACGGCUUUUCAUCCAUGAUCUCAUCCACUGCUGACUGGAGGGAAAACAGAAACAUCAAGGCCAUCAGGACGUCAGGUUGGAGGUGGAGCAAGUGGGAAAAAAAAGUUUUUCACAGAAGGGACAUGUUGUUUAGCCCGUUAGUUGAUGCAUGGAGCAGGUUAGGACAUGUUCAUUGGGUAAAAGUGAAACAAUCUGAUGUUUGCUCGUUUGCAGUCGAGUUGGGAGGAGGUGUUAAAACUGAUAGUUAUGUUACUGGGAGACAGGCGUAUAAAUCAAGGAUGGAUUGGUUUACGUAAAGGCAGUGAUCUCAGCAAACUUAGCCAAAAUAUACCUGCUUUCACCCACAUAAUCAAUAAAGGGAUGCCAUACCACAUCAUCACUGGGUCAUCCAUGUAGCCAGGUCCUCUGUCAUGAGAUUUGCACAAAAAAUAAAGCUGCUG